UCGCGCCGAGAACGUCGUCAUAAAGCGUCGCGACGACGCAGCACGCCUUUUCGAUUGCCAAGGUCCUGUCCUGUUCCGUUCUGUCUACUCCCGGCAUUUCUUCGCGCAGAUCUUCCAGUUGCUCGGUUCCAGUUUUCGGUUUUCGUUCCGAACGAACUCGUGGCUCCCGGGUUUUCGGAACAUUUUCCUGUCGCAUCGAUCGAAGUCGAACGGUUUGCCGGGAAAAGAUGGCGGCCGCUGGCCCGCCGCCUCUAAUUGGCUGAUUUGGAUCCCGUCUCGCCAAUCCGAGCUGUGUUUUCUGACAGCCGUCACCGAGAUCACCGGCCAACACCGUUUGCUAUUUUGUUGACCGCGUGUUUUGCCAAAUGUUAUGUCAUUCACGGAAUUGCGUGGACACACACGGUUUUGCAAGGGUUGCCGAAUAUUUUAGUAGCUGCGUGUUGUCGUCCCGAUCGAAUGGAGGCUUGUACACAGGCCCUGCCGUGAGAGACACGAUGAGAAUUACGACCGACUGUUAUUUACAAAUAACGCGCGGGUUUACAUAACUGUGCCACAUUGUCGGUGUGUUUUUCCCGCUUUGUGCUCGGUGCCUUAUACCUUUCGCAACUACGCCAAGGAACUGACCACUUACCACAGUUCCAUGACACUUCGUACUGUCUCGAUGCAUAUUAUUUACAAAUGAACGCUUUUAUUGCUUCGACAUUUUGCAUUUGGUAUAUAUUAGUUUAAUGUUAUUUCCGCGUUCGGGGAGGAAUGCUCGUCGUUCGUGCAGCGUUUUAUCUGCGGGUUCAUUUGAAUCCGAGGGUAUUUUAGUUUACGAUUGGAGGAGUAGAACAAAAUUGCUUCUAACGAACAUUUGAGUAGCGAUGUCGAUGACUGGGUACUAAACCAACUUGGAGCUGACUGGAGACGAAUCUAGUCGCGCUCAUUCGAAUCACUGUUGAGUAUCAGCCAGCAAACACAAGCGAGGAUCAUGAAAAUGGUGCUGUCUCAACGUCAGAGGGAGGAGUUAAAUAAGGCGAUCGCAGACUAUCUCAGCACCAAUGGCUACCAAGAUGCCCUCGAGGCGUUCAAGAAAGAAGCUGACAUGCCUGGCGAGGUGGAGAGAAAAUACGGGGGUCUUCUCGAGAAGAAAUGGACCUCGGUGAUACGUUUGCAGAAAAAGGUAAUGGAACUUGAAUCUAAACUGUCCGAAGCAGAAAAAGAGUUCAUCGAGGGAGCACCGACACGAAGCAAACGAUCGCCGUCCGAGUGGAUACCUAGGCCACCAGAAAAAUUUAGUCUCACUGGACACAGGGCUCCCAUCAACAGAGUUAUUUUUCAUCCCGUUUUUAGUCUUAUAGUGUCUGCCAGUGAAGACGCCACCAUCAAGGUGUGGGACUUCGAGAGCGGUGAAUUCGAGAGAACAUUAAAGGGUCACACUGACAGCGUGCAGGAUGUGUCAUUCGAUGUCUCCGGAAAACUGUUAGUCUCAUGCAGUGCGGACAUGUCUAUUAAGUUGUGGGACUUUCACCAGUCAUUCGCCUGCGUGAAAACCAUGCACGGGCAUGAUCACAGUGUCAGCUCGGUCGCAUUUGUGCCACAGGGCGAUUUCGUAGUGAGCGCCUCUAGGGAUAAGACCAUAAAAAUCUGGGAAGUCGCGACGGGUUAUUGUGUUAAGACGUUGACGGGACACAGAGAAUGGGUACGGAUGGCCAGAGUCAGCCCCUGCGGCGAAUUGAUCGCCAGCUGCUCGAAUGACCAAACCGUGCGAGUCUGGCACGUGGCGACGAAGGAAACGAAGGUUGAACUCAGAGACCAUGACCACGUGGUGGAGUGUAUCGCAUGGGCACCGGACAGUGCAAGAGCAUCGAUCAAUGCUGCAGCAGGUGCUGACAACAAAGGUGCCCACGAAGGACCUUUCCUCGCAUCUGGUUCGCGAGACAAAGUAAUCCGUGUUUGGGAUGUCGGCGCUGGCGUCUGCCUAUUUGCCCUUCUCGGUCACGAUAAUUGGGUGCGCGGUAUUGUUUUCCAUCCCGGUGGCAAGUUUAUCGUCAGUGCUUCUGACGAUAAAACACUGCGAGUCUGGGACACACGCAACAAACGAGCUAUGAAAACCCUCGAGGCGCAUGUACAUUUCUGCACUUCCGUUGAUUUUCACAAAAGCCAUCCCUUCGUGGUCACCGGUAGCGUCGACCAAACGGUGAAGAUCUGGGAGUGCCGCUAGUCACCAAACCAUGUCAGAGUUUCGUUGAACCUUCGUCGAGUAAGACAGAGAUUGUGGAAAGAAGGCGAACGAUGCGCACCGAAUUCGAUGCAGAGAAUAACAACAAUAGCAACAACAACAAAACGAGAAGAAGUAAAACGGCCGAAAGAGUAAGCUGCUGCAAAUUUGAGGAUUAAACAGAAAAAAACAAGUUAUCGUACAUACUACUAUUAUUAAUAUUAAUAUUAUUAUAUACACAUAAACACGUACGAUUAAGAGCUCUUUAAUUAAUUUAUAAUAAAGUAUACUUAGUAAUUAUUAAUAUUAUAUGUACGUUUUACGGUAACGAUCUGCACGAUUCGAGGAGAGUCGGUCGAUGAUAAAUAUAAUUAGCUUUCCGAACGCGGGGAGGACAUAUUUGCCAUGACGAUACUAUUCUCUAUGGGCCGAGGAGGAAGAUCCUUCUCAUUUAGUGCGAAAACAAGACAGAGAACGCCUGUCUACGAAGCCGCCGAUCGUUCGCAGUUAAUCGUUACACGCAGCAAAGCAUCUUUUUCUGGUUUGUUCGUACGCGUCGUCCUCCUUCAUCCUCCUUCGAAUAUACAUCAUUACUCGGUCUCGUUUGCUGCGCUGAUCUCUCCUCGAGCGUUCUUGACGAUGUGAAGUCGGAAAAAGGCGACCGUCGAUCAAUAUGUACAUCGACGUAGAAGAGAUACACACAGAUACACAUAAUUUACAGAGAGAAAGAUAGAGAGAGAGAGAGAGAGAGAGGGAGAGAGAGAAACUGGAAACAAACAAAACUGUGCGGCGUCAUUACUUACCGUGUAACUGAACGUCGACUAAUUUAUCCGACGCUGAUCGAGUAACACUGGCUCCCAGAAGCUGAGUCAGAGGAAUAUGUAAAUACUCGAGAACAAGUGUGGAAAAUGGAAAAUGGAAAAUAGAUUAACAGCGCGAGCAUAAUGGUGUCCGUGUAAAACGUUCGACUUUCAAUUGCUGCGUCCCUUUAUGUGAGCGUAACACAGUGUUUAUUCCAAUAGUGCUUGCUUCCUUUGUCCCUCCAGUCUCUUCGGAUGACUACUCUUGUGUCAAAGAAAUAUUGUUUGAUUACUUAUUACGGGAACGUCCUAAAUCCAAUAAAAUUUAUGUAUAUCUUUAAAUCGAUGACCAAGAUGUGCUAUGGACACUGUGAAGGUAACAUUGACAAGCACUACGGAAAUAAAUACUGCAUUUGAUAUUGAUAGAAUUAUUCGAGAAUUGUUCCUCCAUAAUCGAGGACAGAUUUGACGAGAUCAAUUGUACAUGUACGCUUAUAAAGUGUUCGCAAACGAAGGAAACAUCGUUCUGAGUAGAAAUGAUCAGUUCAGUAAAUGCCUCUAUAUAAUAUAGUUGCUUCUCGAAUCAAGCAACUCAUAAUUUCUAUCUUUAUACAUGGUUGAUGAAUAAUUCAGAAUUUUAAUGUCAUUUGAGAUAAUCUCGCAAGCAAAUCAUUCAAUAAUUUGCAUACCAAAAGUUUUUUGAAGGAAAUAUUUCUACUAUUUCAAAAAAUUUGCAAGACUUCUAGUAGCUAAAAAGUAAAGCCCAUAAUAACAAGGGUACCAGAAAGAUGCAUUUAAAAAUAUUGCUGUAACAAUUUUGCUCAGAGUUCAUAGCAAAGAUCUUUUCGUUUGAGGACACCUUAUAGAGUAUACGAGAAUGGUACUGCCAACGAGAAUGACAAAAAGUGAUGAAAGAGAGACGAAGGGAGAGAGUGAGUGAGAAAGAGAGAAAGAGCAGACACUGUAUGGCGUCCAGACAACGUGCAUUAUUAAUAAACAGGAAACACGCUAGAAAGUGGCAGGGGCGGUGGUGAAUACGCGUAAGUGCAUAUUUCAGGAGCGUGUAGUCCGUUGCGUGGGUUCGUGACACGAGAGGUACUAGUUUUCUAGUUAACCCUAAACUACUAUUAGCCGGUAGACGAAACGUAGACGAAAACGAGAUGGGGAUAGAGCUCAAGGCCACGAGUGGAACGAUCGAUCGGGGUACACACCAUACAACUUCGCGUAUUUGACGACCACUCGUCAAGACCUCGUGUAAAACAAUGCUUGGCAAACUAUUCGACCAGUCGCUGAGCUGGUUACCUUUUCUUAAUCUGAUCCCGUCGUUUAGGCGAACCAAGUCCAUUACCUUUUCUUCUUCUUCUUCUUCAUCUCCACAAGCAUCCCUCAAUCCUCCAAGUGAGCCAGACCAUUUUGACUCGAUGUGGUACUAAACUAUUUUGAUGAACAAUAAAAACGAAGUUCGUAAUUCAGCCGUGUGACAUCGUUCUGCUGUAUUACCUGUGUGUUUCGUCGUCGUUCGUGCAUCGCUGUUUGCCACUUUUCGAUCCAUUGAUAAUAAAACCUUGUAGCAAUCACGAUAAACUGGAGCCUCUUCUUUUAAGGAUAACCUGAAUGCGCGGGACUGUCGUUACAUUUUUCUAGAAUGGCGUUAUUCUUCUUUCUGUCUGGGAGGGAAGUUCAUGUCCCAGGACAUAGUUCGUCAAUGUGGCGCUGACGCCCACCAGUAGGGGCGGGAAAAUACUGCGAGACGUUUGUUGAGAUAUUGGGGAUAGUUGGAGGAUGUUGAAGGUCUUGCAGAGCAUUGAAAAUAAACUUGCAAUAUUUUAUCAAUCAAACGGUUUUUAAACCAACACUUAACACUUCGCCUACCGGAAGUUUGUAAGAUUUUUAACACCUAAUGUACCACCAUCGGUCGAACCACCGGUCUCAGAUUCUUUAUCUUGCAGUCAUUACAAUUAUAAAGAUGUUUUUGUGAGAAGUAGUUGAACGCCCUU